AUGGAUGAACCAAUGUGGGUUACAUCAUUCUAUCUAAGUAUCAUCGUACUGACCUCAUGUGUGCGUUUCGGUCGACCUGCGGAUAUUGAUAUGGCAAGUGUAACACAUUCCGCACGUAGAUCCGGUAUCUUACUCAAUCUCAGUCCAAACCAGCGGGGUCGUUUGGGCUCCAACCCGGCGGUAGUAGUAGCAGUGCCUGUGCAAUCUGAUCAGUCAGCCCUGCCCGAAUUACCACACCCACUUCUAUCCGAUCCACUGUUUGAUUCCUCCAUUCUGACAGACGAUGCCGGGCGUGUGAUUCAAUCGAGCGAGUGCACACCACAGGAACGACAAAACCGGAUCCAAUGCUUCGAUAAAUUGCCCGAUGAGAAAUACGCGGUCUCACUCGGAAAUACUGUGAAUAUGCAAUGUGUUGUUCUCAACCAGCACGGGAAAGUACAGUGGAGAGCAAAGAAAAUUCUGUUGGGUGAGUUUAUCGUUGGCGGGAAUUGA